CGUGAACGUCGUCGUCGCUAUCAGCUUCCUCACCAUCUUCUAGCCUUUGUGGCUCAAGCAUCCAAGCGCGCAGGAAUCGGGCAAAGUAGUUCUUGUCUGCAGCACUGCAAGACAGCUGCAGCAUGGACCGACUCCUGGCGUAUUUCGGGCCAUUUUUUCAGACCGCCCGCGCGGCCCUGAUCAGGCUCGGCGGUCUGGCCGUGCUUCUGCUUAACCCAAAGAGGGCCGUGGCGAUACUCUGGAAGAGGCAGCACAGCACGCUGGGCCCAGCGCGUGGGAGUGCAGGCAUGGGGCUGCCCUCGGCGAUGAAGCCCGAGACGGUGGACACCAUCGCGGCGACCGCGCCCGUGGUGGCCCCCAGGGCGCAGGAUAUCACCAAGACGUUCUACGACGGCAUGCUCAAGGACCACAAGAGCCUGCUCGCCUACUUCAACCCCGCGCACAACGUGCCCAUCUCCACUCUGCAGCCCGAUGCGCUGGCCGCCUCUGUCGUCGCGUACGCAAUCAACAUCCGGGACCUGUCCCCCCUGUUGGUGCCCAAAGGGCCGGUGGCGGCGAUCUGUCAUAGGCAUUGCGCGCUCUGCGUCGUUCCCCCGCAGUACGUCGUUGUGCACGACAACCUGAUGGCGGCAGUGGGCAAGAUUCUCGGGAACGCUGUCACGCCCCAGAUCGCUGCGGCCUGGAGUGAGGCCGUCCUCUUCCUCGCGAAAGCGUGCAUCGAUACAGAGGAGUCCCUCUACAAGAUGGCAGAGCAGCGCUCGGGAGGAUGGUCUGGACUGGAGACGUUCGAGGUGGUCGAGAUCAAGGAGCUGGCGAAAGACAUCAAGAGCUUCUCGUUCAAGGCGCCGCGCGGCUCACCGAUCUUCGGGCAGGCGUUCGAGUUCACGGGGGGCCAGUACCUCUCGCUGAAGGUGGACCCCGAGGGCGACGGCCUGACCGCCCCGCGCCACUACACGGUGACGUCGCCGCCUGGCGCCGACCACCUGCAGUGCACGGUGAAGAAGAUCCAGGGGGGCAAGGUCUCCACGUACCUGCACGAGAAGGUCACCGUCGGAGACAAGGUCCAGCUCACGGCCCCGUUCGGCAUCUUCACACUCGAGUCCGCCGCGGAGCCCGCCGUGCUCAUGUCCGCGGGCAUCGGGGUGACCCCCAUGGUGAACUUCAGCAAGGCCCUCGGAGCCAACGUCAAGCUCGCCGUGCACGUCGACCGCGCCCCGGAGACAGCCGCUUACCGCGACCUGUUCGCCGCGUCUGGGCAGCCGCUGCUGGAGAAGUACACGAAGAGCGGCGGCCGCGUCUCCCCGAAGGAGCUGGUGCGGGAGACGGUUGAGAAGGCGGGCGUCGGGAACAACUUCUACAUCUGCGGCCCCCCUUCGUGGAUGGAGGAGGUGUCCGCAGAGCUGGUGAAGGCUGGCGCAAAGAGCGUGGAGACCGAGGUGUUCGGCUCCCAGCUGGCGCAGUCGGGCUGCCCCUUCAAGACCUCGGGCUGCCCCUUCAAAGGCGCCGCGUGAGGGCUCGCGGAGGCGCGAGGGCCGCCGCCGGCCUCGCAGUAGGAGUGGCCUUUCGGACCACUCGUGCGUGUAGCCGACGCCGCUGCGCCCGCGAGUCCAACUCUUGAGAAGCAGAGCCCUCCUUCCCCUCCUCGUGUGGCGCGCUCGGAUAGGCCCGAGCCAACGACCGCCCAGGCGAGGCGAGCAAUUUUAGUACAUCAACGCGCCAUGGGUUCUCCACGCGCGCUGCAGAGGAACGGGAGAGGGAUCAUGGUUGUUGCACGGCGUCAAGGCUUAC